AGCUUUAACGGCAAGAAAGGCGUCUGGCAAACUGACAGUGAUCACGAUAACUGAGCUGCUCGCAUAAUUGCCCCCCUUAGGCCAACCAUGUCUUCUUCAAGCAGCAAUCUUAUUGAUGAUCGAUUUACCAGGACUUACCAAGAUCUCCAGCAAUUACUACAACGCGGUGGCGACAAUACCUCGCUUGAUCGAUUGCAAACUGUUUUAGAAUAUAGACUAAAAGAAUAUAAGCAGGGCUUGGACGCAUUUGGCCCACCUUCGCCGCAGGCACGAAGCAAAAUCAAGGGCGAUUCACCCAUUACCGUUGAUGAUAGAACCAUUCAGCUCGACAAAAGUGAAAGGGAAUUGAUAUGCAAGCUUAGUGAUCAUUGGAACCUCAACGAAAUACAGUGUGCGUCCAUAUGGGAUUCGUUCAAAGACCUUCACAAACAACUCGGAACAAGCAAAAUUAACCUCAGCGCUGAAACAUUCCUCGAGAGUAAAGAGGCCAUAUUCAUCAUCUCUGAGUACUAUUACAGCGAAAGAAUUGCUUUUAUUUCCUCUAUCAGCUGUUUGAUGCGCCUGGCAAACGAAGAUGGACACCCGCUCAAAAACCUGGCACACGAUACCGUCACCACUUUGAGAAAAGAGACAACCGACAACAAGCUCUUUGCUAAUUGUUUAUUUGAUCAAUUCCGUGAAUUGCGCAAGAAACAACCUCCUGCGUGGUGUCGAGAAAUUCGGAAAAGUACAUCAUGGUGGGCAAAACAGACACUCAAAGAACAGCGAGCAAUGCUGGAAGUCAUCUUCUUGUGUUAUCAUUACAGCGUUUGUCCACCAGAUCAACUUACAUAUAUGAUACAUGACUUCAAAGAGAGCGACUUUAGUAGAAAACAAGCCACGUCCUAUCUCUUCGAUGCAGAGGCAGACCAUCUCCUCACAUCCGUCAUCCAUCUGUGUUUGCUGAUUUCCAUUGAGGUGUUGGAUCCUGCCGUUAUGUCUACACUACAAACCUUACCCUCAACGCCAUCCGAGAAAAAUCUUGUGAACAGUCCGGAUGCAAUUGUCGCUAUCAAUACUAUGACCGCCUUUAUGGGUACCAACCAACAACAUUCUGUGUUCCUUUUGGCCUGGUCUACCUUUUUAACUCAACUCAGUUAUCUCUUGGACGACAAUUGCCCUCCUGCGUAUGCUCCUGUUAAACAAAUGCUAGACGGUCAAUUACCUCUGAGUCAAAACAAGUAUUCUUACAUCAAGGUUGACUCUGGUUCACCGAAUAUACCACAAAAAGCUCAGCUCAAUCGCAUUUAUGUCGGCCGAGCCUUCAAGUUAGACGUAUUUCAAUACAUCACCAUCAUGGUCAAAAGCUCAGGAUUCCAACAAGCUGAUCCAAACUCAUUUGGUUACCGCUAUGUAACGCACCGAUUGUUGGACAAUUUUUUGACCACAACACGUGCCAGCUUCAUCCCUCAAGAAAGUUACGAUGACCUUGUUCAGUGCACGUCUCUACUGUACUUGGACCAAGCCGAUCUCUGUCUCACAUUCUGGAAAGAUGACUUUGAUGAGUCAGACCAGACCUCACUACUAGCCACCGCCGCCAACCGAUUUCCACUGCAGUUCACAAAUUUCACCGACUUAUUAGCUUCGCUGACCGGGGAUGCCGAAGGUUGCCAUGACAGCAGUGCUUAUCAGCAACCAGCUCGAAAUGUAUUUGCGUACCUCAGUAACCGCCGUACAGUGACUGCAAUGCUCCCGGAUACAGUCACUUUGCAAAGUGAAGAAGCAGAUGGUGGUUUGAUUGUUUGGUCAGAUCAGCAAUUGUUGAUUACUGGAGUUCUUCCUGGAAGGAAACUGAUGAUUACCCCAAAACAUAAGGCAAGACUGUUAUCUGCUCCUGGUGAACCACGUAUUGUUCGAUGGAAUGUGAAAUAUUCAGGAUGGCUUCUGCUUGCCCUUGUGUUAGAAGGCUUCACCAGAGAAAGAGCGACACCCUCUUCCGAGCAAUCUAUCUAUGACUUUGACAAUCAGCUGUCUGGACAAAAUCAGGUGGUAGUUGUAUCUAUCUUAGAAUUGUUGCAACGUACCUUAGAAGUGUGUCCUUCACUUGGUCCAAAGUUAGUCGAUCAUAUUGAACAAGCAAGUCUACAACAAUUAGCUUCGGACACUGACACAAUUCCAACACCUCUCAACCUGCUCUCGUUAUUGCAACGUGUUAUCAACACAUGUGCUUCGCACCCAACGUACUUAGUUCAAGUCAUGACUCCAGCAAUCCGGUGCCUUACAGCGUUGCUACCUUUCCAUCGUGAUGAAGUGUGGUCAUAUCUAGUUUCAGCACCCAUUCUGCCGCGAAUGGAUCAACUACGCGCACAACAUGCCUUCUCUUCAUCUCUUGCCAUGACUGACGCAUCUCUUCAAAUACAACACAUCCUCUCGACGGUGGAAUGCGUCAAUGGAAAAUUCUCGCUUCUCAUCGCCUUCUUGGAUUUAGUGAAGGCAUUAGUGGUUGAUAUUCAACGACAAUGGUGGCUUGACGCAAAGGCAACUGUGGAAAAGGACGGCUUUUCAUCUUCUCGGCGAAUGCAAUCUGAGGUGCUGGCUCACUGUCUUCACUUCCUGAUGUUGGAUGUAUUUCCCGCUUACUCUGGCUGGCGGUAUAAGCUGGUCUCGGAGCGCUUUGAUAUUGGAACCAAGAUUCUGGAAAUAUUCAUCGAAGUGGUGCAAAAUUUCAAGGCCGUGGAUGCUUCAAGCAACAGCAUGUACAUACUGAACAUCAAGGAAAGACUGAUUAACAACUUUCUGCAUCAAGGCAAUGCAUAUCAAAUCUCUCCUUUACUGGACAUAUUAGCCACAGGCACCAUGAUGGCCGAUGCACGCAAUCGUAUUCAACCAUUAGAGGCUAUCCAGAUAGAACGUCUGACGGUCUUGGCAUACACCUUUGUCAAAAAGCUACUUACGUUACGUCUGAAGAUGGUUGCGUCGCAGGAUAAAGUCGAACCCUCUUCACUCGAACGUUUCAUGUUGGAGCAAACCGUUGGCGAUAACAAGUCAGAUCUUAUCCUGAUCAUUGCCAAGCUCGUUCAAUAUCCAUAUAACCACGAGCUUCCGUCUUUGGCAACGGAUGUGCUGACUCGCUUGUUCAAAUUGGCGUAUAAAUGGAAAUCUGUCCCCAGCUUCGUAGGAUUUUUUGGCGAUUCGGAGCAGGCACAAAAGAUCAUCCGAUCUUACCUCGAGAUUGCUAGAGACACCCGACGAUCAGAAACGUUGCUUACGUCCAUUUGGCAAUUUAUCAUUGCUGUUGUGGAGACCCAACCUGGCCUCGCCAUGCUAUUCCUUGAAUGUGGAGAAUAUGUUAUGCCUAGUCCAAAAUCAGCCGUUCGUUUACUAGAGGAGGAAAAGAAAAAGCCCAAUACGCAACUUGGUGCUAAACCCGCAAGUGACGGAAAGACCCCCGAUUCUGCCGUAAGAAUUGCCAUUGACUUAUUGAGUGACUGGCAACGUCUAUUGAUGGAUAAGCCUACUGUUCUUUCAAAUACCCUUCGCUUUUUGGCAGCCUUCUGGACCACUGCUUUCGAUCAUUACGACCUUGUUCAACGUACUCGCAGUGAUAAUGCCUUAUGGGAUUCCAUUGGACAAAUUGUUCUCAAUGUCGAACAAGGACUUGAUAAGGGUAUCAACAUCUCUUCUCCAAGUUCGAACGGAUCUCUACGACGAUCUUGCUGCAACCUUUUAAGCAAGGCAUAUGUGCUGCGUAUUAUCGGUCUGGAAGUCCAUCUCUCCAGCAGUAUGUCAAGCAAUCAAUCUGUUAGUGAAGUACUACCUGCUGGUGUCAAGGCUUUGCUUGGCAAGCUAGGCGAUCCGGCCAAAUUGGAGUUGUUACGAAGAAAUUUCUUACGCACUGAUUUCGAUUUCGAGCUCAGCCAACUUCUCAAUUCAAGUGCUACUAGUCUCUUAUCGACCAUCAGCAGUUCGGAUACAUCGAUGCUUAUCAUCCAUUCAGACCGUAUUGGAACAGGCGACAGCGAUUGCGGCGACAUGGAAGGUCAAUAUGGAGAGGCAUACAUUUAUGAUUUGGCAUUGACGAAAUCGCGGUUGAACUCUUUGACAGCUGACCUGCGGUCAAGAUACCUUGGUUCUGAUCCAAGCCUUUGGAAUACUCCAGAAGCCAUUGCCAUCAAAGCCGUCGAAUCUGAAUCCGAUACCUUUAUGGAAAAUCUGAUUCGACAGAACUUCAAUUGGUCAGUAGCUGACGCACAAUUACAAGUACUGCGAUCAUGCCGACAAUUUCUGGAGAUUUCGUCUCUUCAGUCUAGCGACCAACUGUGGUCAACGAGAACCACUGGAGAAUACGAACUCAUCAGAGAUGUACUCAAAGAAAUCACAAGUAACCCUAAUCGUGGCCAAGUGAAUCGCUCAGUGCAAGUUGAACUCAUCGAGCUUGCUCGUGGAUUGACGGAGCAUUGGAUUGAGACUACGGCGGAGACAGCAAGUCAGACCGGCGCAGGAUCACAAAAACAGUUUGCUGAUAAGGCUUAUAACCUUCUAAGUGACUUUUGCUCCAUUCUUCGACGAGAACAAUUCCCAGUCAUUAGUAGUGUGAGCGGUGAAAUGGCCCCGGCUUUCCAUCGCACUAUUUUCGAAGCCAUUCUCUUAUGUGUCCGAGCCGUUCGCAGAGGAACCGACGAAUUAUCAACCAUCGAUAGUGGAUCAGCUGCAAGUCAAAAUGUAACCACGUCUCUCAUCUCUGUCUUGGAAGUAGUUGGCGAAAGCUUUGUCAUUCUGGUUCAGCGAGCUGCCGUCAAUGGGCAAAUCUAUGGUAGCGAUAUCAAGUUACAAUUGGAAUCUCAGGAACUUUCGCGUGAUAUUAUCGUCACCUUAUCAUUAAUAGAAGAGGUGACUCGACCGGUGUAUGGAGUUCCUCCCAACCUUUGGCUCUCUGUGUUGGAUCAUUAUGGUGUGAUACCAACCUUGAUCAACUUGUUUGUCGCUGGUACAGACUCUGCCAUGCAAGAAGUAAAGCGACAAGGCAAUUCCCAUACUAUCGAUACCUGGAGUAUUCCAUCCUACGCAGAAAGUGCCCUGUGUCUACUUCUGGCUCUUGCGCAAACCCCCCUCGGAGCAGAGCGACUAGCAUCCCAUGGACUGUUGUACGCUUUUGCUGACAAUGCAUUGAUUCCAUUAUUGCAACAAGGAAAGGUCAACGCUGUUGUACGGGUCAGCGAAUCAGAUCCAAACGAUCCAAACACUAUCACCAUGGAACGCAACCCACUUCACAGUAUAUGGUGUCAAAAACUAGCUGUUUUGAUCAGUAUGCUGCAAUGUCUUUCCAGCUCCCAAGACUUUGCUCUCAAGGUUUCUGAGUUUUUACAAAUCACUGGUCCUCAGAUUAACAGAGCCAUGUCUACACAUUCAGACUUAUCUCAUCAAAAAUCACUGACUACCGCUCAUCUGGAUGAAGUUGAUAAAAUUAGCAUGAUCCUUUUCUAUCUUGCUAAUGCCAAUGUGAUAUAAUAAAUAAAAACAAGUGAAUUAGUGCAUCCACCAAUUGGGUCUUUACCACACCAAUGUCUUUUAUUAGAGCACCUUAUGAAUAGGUUAGACUUUUAUGACAAAAAUCUGCCUAUGAUUGAUAAAUGUUAUGAUGAGGAUGUCUGUAUUGAAUGAGCUGGUUGUCUUUCCCACUG